UCUUGGGGCAUCUUAAGAUGUCUCCCUUGGAGGUCAAGCAAGCUCUCUACAACAUGGACGAGAACACGCUGUCCGCAGAACUUGUCAAACAGCUGUUGACCUACACACCCAACAAACACGAAAUUGCUCAGUACAAACUGUACUCUGGCAGUAAGCUGCUCCUCACUAAACCAGAUCAGUUUGCGUAUCAGAUGAGCUUUGUUGGAGACUAUGAAGAACGAUUAAAGGCUUUGCUGUUCAAGGCCAGUUUCAGGGAAAAGAUAGACGAAAUGAGAGAGAGCCUUGAGCACAUCAAAGUUGCGUCUCAAGAACUCAGGAACAGCAAGAAGCUGACCCGCUUGUUGGAGGUUAUCCUAGCUAUGGGCAACUACAUGAACAAAGGGAACAGCCGGGUGGGAGAGGCGGCUGGCUUCCGGAUAACCUUCCUCACCCAGCUGGAUGUGACCAAGACAACAGACAAGAAGUCGUCCUUUCUUCACGUCCUGGCGGAAGCGUCCUACAACAAAUUCCCCGAACUUCUCUCACUGGGCGAUGAGCUUCAGGCUGUUGAGAAAGCCGCUAAAGUGUCGAUAGAAGUUCUUAAUCAAGACGCCCAGGAUUUACGUAAGGCUCUUAAGGAAACUUCCGAAGUCUUGGAAAGGAUAGGCAAUCGAAAUCAGAAUGAACCUGGGGAUCGAUUCCAAGACGUAAUGGGUCACUUUAUAGCGGAGGCCACUGACGAAAUACAAAGUGUGUUUCGUCUUCAGGCUGCAGCAAAGGCAGCUUUCUCGGAAACCGUUGUCUACUUUGGGGAAGACCCCAAGACAAUGACCACCAAUGACGUCUUCGAAAUAUUCUCUGAAUUCAUAAGAAAUUUUGAGAAAGCACAUAGACAUAACUUGAUGCUGAAACGACAAUGAAUGCAAGUCUGGAUCUGUACACGGGGUCAACUGUUGUGCUUGUUCAUUUCCUUUUAGAGCAAGGACACCAAUUAUAGUUUUGCUGUGUUACAUCUUUGUUAAAUCAACCUGAUAAUCCGUUAUAAAUAUGUAGGCUCCCCAUCUCAGACUAUAGCCUAUCUGCGUUCUCGAAAGGCUGAGGGCUGGAAAUGCCGCAAGUCGACAUUUUUACAUGAAAAUAGAUCCCUUUCUUUUUUAACUCGAUAGUCUAUACAUCGAACCAGAAAUCUGGUGAGGAGUCUUGUCUUCUGACUGAAGGUGUAUGAGUUUAAUUUUUUUUCUUUUUUAAAGUUGAAGAGAAUCGUAUUGGCAUUAGGCUAACAUCACAAAGUUUGGGAAGAAGAACGAUAUUGCAUCACGCAAGCGCGGGGGCCAACACGGGUCCCUACGAACACCCAUCUGAGAGCUGAACAUUUUUGUUCAUUUCUCCUCUUUUUUUUGUCUCGAUAUGGUGAGAAAAAACAAGAUCGUUUGCUCAAUAG